AUGAGAACAGUAAUUCUUCUUGGGUUCCUGGGAGUCACCUUUGCAGCCCCACUUAUCCCCCAGCCUCUUUUGUCGGCAAGCAACAGUAAGGAGUUACUCAUGGGUCUUAAUAAUGCCAGGCUUCGGAAUUUCCAGACAAGGACUCAGACAUCUGGACUUUCCCAGACUUCACGGUCAUCUCUAGGUCAUUUUGGAGGCCCUGUCCCAAACCAGAUACCUUUCCCAGGUCAGGUUAAGUUGGCUCAGAGAACCCAGGCAGUCCAGCAGGAACCUUCCCAGCUGCAGACACUUCAGCAGAACCAGCAGGAUCCUUAUCAAGGAUUACCUGGAGGACAACAGCAGAUGAAUGCAGAUCAGCUAAGAGGGGAUGUUCCUGAAACCCCUGGAAUGCCAAUAGAGAAUGUGCUGCCAUAUCCCCAGAGAGACAACGCGAACCUUGGAUAUCCCUAUGGUGGAAUUUUCAUACCUUCCCAAGCUUCUAAGCCUCCAAAAGCCAAUAUUUUGACUUCCUCUACAGAUACAGACAAUACUAUUCCUUCGGAGCUCGUGGAAGAAAAGCAUGAACGUGAACAUGUUGCUGAACAACACAGAGCAUUCAGUGAAACGGUUAAUGAGAUUUCCUAUGUGUCCAGACUUUAG